UCUCUGUCUUUGCGUGCGGUUCAGUUUUUUGUAGAAAAUAGGAAGAAUCGUUCCCCAGUAGAAGAAACGAGAUCCGUGCGUUUUCCUUUUUCACCCGACUCGAAUACAAUUUUAAACAUAAACAAAAAAAAUACAAAAGAAAAAAGGAAUUCUCAAAAUAGUUAAAAAACGCAGUGUACUACAAACAAAUGCAAAUUAACUACAAACAUACAAACAAAAAAACAACAAGAAAUCGAAGCGUGUUAAAGUCUUUUGUUUAGCAAAUUGUGCAAUACGUAGAAGAAAAAAAGAGCCGAAAAAGUUAAAUACGCAUUCGAAUAGAAUUUUCGGCAAAAACAACAAAAAAACAAUCGAUUGUGCAACAAAGUAAACAAUUGUUAAAACUUCAACAAACACAACAAAAAAAUGAGUGUGUGUGAGAAUAAGACCGUUGUGCAACAGCAAUUGCAACAACAAGCUGCCGCUGCAGUUGCCGCCGCCGCAGCCGCUGCAGUAGUGCAACAGCAACAGCAGCAGGCACAACAACAACAACAGCAGGCGCCACAAGUGGUGGUGCCACAGCCACAGCACAUGACGCCACAGCAACAACAACAGAGCACACAAAGCAUUGCCGACUAUUUGGCACAAUUGCUCAAGGAUCGCAAGCAAUUGGCCGCAUUUCCAAAUGUCUUUACGCAUGUCGAGCGUCUCCUGGAUGAAGAAAUUGCACGCGUACGCGCUUCACUGUUCCAGAUCAAUGGCGUUAAGAAGGAGCCGCUGACGCUGCCCGAGCCAGAGGGUGCCAUGGUAACGCUGAACGAGAAGGUCUAUGUGCCAGUGCGUGAGCAUCCAGAUUUCAACUUUGUUGGUCGCAUUUUGGGACCACGCGGCAUGACUGCCAAACAAUUAGAGCAAGAGACUGGCUGUAAGAUUAUGGUACGCGGCAAGGGCUCCAUGCGGGACAAGAAGAAGGAGGAUGCUAAUCGUGGCAAACCCAACUGGGAGCAUUUGUCCGAUGAUCUGCAUGUCCUCAUCACUGUCGAGGACACCGAGAAUCGUGCCAAAGUCAAGCUGGCUCAAGCUGUUGCCGAGGUCCAAAAGUUGCUAGUGCCGCAAGCCGAAGGCGAAGAUGAACUAAAGAAACGUCAACUUAUGGAAUUAGCCAUUAUUAACGGCACAUAUAGGGACACAACAGCGAAAUCAGUCGCAGCUUUCUCAUGCGUUGGUUCUCCUUCUGCUUCUGUUCUGUAUCCCGCAGUUUGCGAAGAGGAGUGGCGUCGCCUGGUUACACCGGACAAUCGCCUGCUGACACCCACACUAUCCGGAUUGGCCACCCAGAUACGCACACCUGCCAACGCCCCAUUGGGCGCACCAUUGAUACUUAAUCCACGGAUGACGGUGCCAACAACAGCGGCCAGCAUACUGUCCGCCCAGGCAGCGCCGACAGCUGCCUUCGAUCAGACGGCACAUGGCAUGAUCUUUGCCCCCUAUCAGGAUUAUGCGAAUUAUGCGGCACUCACUGGCAAUCCCCUGCUGACGGAAUAUGCUGAUCAUAGCGUUGGUCGAUAUAUGCAUGCCGGCUCCGUCUUUUGAACUUUUUUUGAAUUUGCGUGUGUGCACCAAGAAUUUAUUUGAAGUCCAUAAAAUGUUAGUUCUUAGUUCCAGUUGCAAAACAAAACAAAGCAAAAAAAAUGAUUACAUUCUGCAGUUGACAGUGCACAACACACACAGAGAGAAACCCUUACUUAAACAUUAAUUAGCUCUAGUUACAAACAACAACAAACAAAAGCAAACAAACAUACAUGCAUCGAUGUGUAUAUUUAUUUAGCAAUGAAAAACAAAAAUGCAAAAUGGCACAACAACAAACAAGAAACAAAAAACAAGAACAACUACAACUACAAAAACAAAUACUCAAAAAUGCAAAUAAGAAGCAAGCAAAACAAUACAAAAAUAUAAAAAAAAGAAAAAGCAAAACGCUCGUCAACGUUUUUGUUUAGUUCAUAAUGUCGCAAAACAUUUCUAGAGUCUGGUUAAUAAGUGAUUUUUAGGCGCUUUGCAUGAUGAAUUUAUCUAUUGUUUUUUAUUAUUUUAUUUAUACAUUUUUGUUUUGUUUUUCUUUUGGUUUCGUUUCGAAAAAAAAUUAAAACAUGAGUAUAUUCUAGUUGACGACAACAACAACAAAUGUCAGCAAGAAAUUGGUUGUUGCUUGUUUGGGAACAAUGAAGUAUUCUACUUACAUAAAUACAUAUUACUUAAAGCCUUCAACUGAGUUGCUGACUUAAUUAGCUUUUUAUAAUAUCCCUCUUUGACAGCCCCGUUCCGAGUUACACAUUCGCCGCAAUUUCGUUGGAAUACUUUAUAGCAUAACUUUGAGAGUUUUCUUGAUUUACAUGCAACUCGAAGCGGGCGCUGAAUUUUUUCUUCUUAGGUUUUUUUUAUAAGGUCUCUACGACAUGUGUUAUUUAUAGUACUCGUAUAUUUAGUAGUUUUUCAUUUGUUUUUAUUUACGGUGUGGGUUGAUUUGUUUAUUAUCGUUUUCAAUACUCUUUAAGUGCAAUAUUUAGCUGAUAGCUAAUUAGUUUUUAGCAGUAUUUAUGCACAAAUGUACCUUAUACGACAAGUUCAAGUUUUACAUUUGAUUUCCGUAACCGUUUGAUUUUUUCCAGCCAGUGCCAUUAAUAUUUUUUCCUUUAUUUCGAGCAGCCACACAAUUCUUUUUUCGUAGCAUUUUUAAUGGAAACUAUGCAAACAAUAUACAUAUAUAUAUUUUAAUAUUAGAUUAUAGCUUAAAUCGGAGCCUUGAAUCGAGUUGGUGCUUAAACAAUUUUUUGUAGACAAUAAGUUAGUUGAGGUUCAGGCAGCCGUCCAACAACAAUAUUUUGCACAACUAGUCAAAAACGUCAGCAAAAUGCGAUUGAUACAUAGACAGAUACAAAAAACGGACAGACAAAUGUGACAGACAGCUGGAAGAAUGCUAAAGAACAAAAGUAGAAAAAAAACUUGUAGCAGCUUGAAGAUAUUGCAAUAUUUUCACACAUUUAGGUCUCUCUCUCUCUCUUAAAAUCUAGAAAGGAGAUGGCAAAAUUCCCUGGAGAUCCAUUUAUUCUAAUGGAAACACGACUAUGCUUAUCUAUACUAUAUAUUAAUUAUUUAAAGACUAGUUUAACAAUUUGUGUGUGUUAAGUUUAAUUAGCGAGCUGCUUAAAAAUCACUUAUUUCCAGAUACCGAAUCAAUUAGCGUUGUUUUCUUACAAAGUGAAAAAGAAAAACAAACACAAAACAAAUAAAAAUAAAAAUAUAUACGACUCAUUCCAAAGAAACAGAAUUUAAAUGUAAAUCAACAUGCAAUACAGUUAAUUAUAAAGAAUUUUUUAUAAUUUAAAAAGAAAGAAAAUGAAGUUGAACUUAAUGAAAUUGGUAAUUAGUGAAAAAGAAAAGCGAAAGCAAAAAGAUGCAGAUGUGUGAAAAUGUUGAAAGAAUUGUUUAAAACAAGCAAGCAUAAAUAUAUAGUAUAUGUUUUUUUCUAUUAUUAAGCUAAGUUUUGUAGACAAUACAUACAUAUAUUAUAUAUGCGCCGAUAAAACCGUAUAUACCGUAUAUAUAUAUUUAUUGCCUUGAUUAUCUCUAUCCAUAUAUAUAUAAAUAUUACCAUUACCAAUACCAAUUUUAUAUUUGCAAUAUAUAAAUCUAUAUCGUAUCGUAUCGUAUAUUUUAGUAGGCGCCCUUAAGCAGCAACGUCGAUUGGCGGCUAACA